ACAGCCUUUUUGGGGAACCCUCGGGCCCUCUCAGCGUCCUGAGUCCCCCACCCAUACGUGGCAAAGCCAUCCCCGUUAACCUCCCCCCCCUGGGCCAUCCAUGUGCCUGUAACGCUUGCACGAACACGCCGAGCACACGGCAUUCGCAGCGUUUGCCUCGAUUCUUGGCUAUCGGCUCCUGUAUUUUCUGUUACUGCUUAACGAAAAAGGGCCCAGUUGCUUGCACUCGGUCGCCACGGAGCUCCCACCCGAGGCCUCCGUCCUACGACCCCCACGUCGGGCCUCCCGUGCAAGCACGCGUGGCAUACGGGCAGACUCAAGAAGCAUUUCGUACACUCAUAUUGACAAGAUUGAAGGAUGCCUCGGUAUCUAGUCACUUUCGUGUAUCGUCUGCUCGAUUUUCGAUUUGCGGAGUUGGAUGCCAUCCUCGAUAUGCUCUGCCUGGACCCCGCCGCUGUGUACGCUCCUUCCCCCCCGGAAAUCAGGCUCAACAAUUACUCACACCUAUUCGUUGACCUCCCUUCUGAGGCCGUAGCUGUAGAGAUCCAACAGCGGGCCGUUCUGGUCGAGAGCGUCCUGGAGCUCUGGGGUGAGGGCCGUACCUAUGAAGAGUUGGACGCCAGCCUGCUGUCCCUCUCCGACGAUUUCCUCGCCCCUUACAUGCGGCCGAAGAUGACCUGGUCGUUGAUGGUGGCGGGCUCGGGCAAAACCCUGAGCAUGGCUGCCCAAGACACUGCCCGCUACCGUGUCCUGGCCUCCAUCCCUUUCCCGGGGCCCAUUCAGUUGAAGCAGCCGCAAGAGACUUUCUGGCUGAUCGACCACGUCGCCAACGACACCGACCCGACGCCCGACCACCUCUACUUCGGUCGCGCCAUCACCUCCCGGGCUUCCCGUGGCCGGGAGCGUGUCGGGAAAGGGGACUUGAAGCGGCGGGCUUAUCUGGGACCGACCUCUCUGGACAACGAACUCGCCCUGCUCAUGGCGAGCUUCGCGCAAAUCCGACCCGGAAGUAUGGUGUUGGACCCUUUUGUGGGCACGGGCUCUAUUCUGGUGGCCUGCACCCAGUUUGGGGCCUUUUGUGUGGGCACCGACAUCGACAUCCGGGUCUUGCGGGGGAAGGAGGAGGGACGCAACGUCUAUGCGAAUUUCACCCAGUACGGGCUACGCUACCCGGAGCUGGUUCGGAGCGACAACGCGCUGUAUGCCGGGCACUUCCGCCAGGUGGCUCUGUACGACGCCAUUGUCUGCGACCCCCCCUACGGGAUCCGGGCGGGGGCUCGGCGUUCCGGCAGCCGUCGGGAGCAAGUGCGGCCUGUGCCAGCCCAUCUCCGAGCCGACCACAUCCCCCAAACCAGGCCCUACCCGAUGCGCGACGUGCUUGACGACCUCCUCCAAGUGGCGUCGACCGCCCUGAGGGCGGGAGGGAGGUUGGUCUACCUGCUUCCCUGCGAGGUAGGGCCCGAGGCCGGGCCUGAGGAAGGGGUGGUUCCUACGCACGAAGCGCUGGACUUGGUGUGCGUGCAUGAGCAGAAGCUGAACACC